AGCUCUGGGACACAAACUCAAUCUGCCGAUGAUGCUGGGUGCUACUAAUUACAUACUGAAAAUAAUAAAGAGAAUAAAUGAAACAAAAGAUGAUCCAUUUUGUAGAUUUCAGCAUGGCAUUAUGGAGGAGACUGAAUGUGAUCUUUAUAAUAACAGACCUGAAGUGACCAUCAUUCGUGGGAUGCUGAUAAUAAACCAUGUGAACAGAGCAGAUUCAGGGAAUUACACAUUAAAUAUUUACAGCUCACAGAUCAGACAGACAUUUGAAGGAGAUCUUCAAGUGAUUGUUGAAGCUCCUAUUGGCUCAGUGGAAGUGUCAAUCAUCUGCUCCUCCAGUGGGGUGAUGAGGGUGUUCUGCUCCUCUGAGGGGGAUCAGCUCCUCUACAGCUGGACUCUGAAUGGAGAUCCACUGAUGGAUGGAAACAGCAGCAUUGAUCUGGAUGAAGGAACUGAUGGAGACAUCAGCUGCAGCGUGAAGAACCACGUCAGUCACGCACAGAAGACCAUUAGACUCAAACCCUGUCCUGUGUGUUCAGUGUCUGUGGUGUUUGUUGUGGUCUGGUGUCUUCAGCUGAUGGUUCUGUUCGGUCUGUUAGGAGCUUUUCACAUCUACAUGAGACACACGUCAGGAAAGAAAAAGGAAGGUCAGAAAAUGAGGAUGAGAAGAUUUAGAGAAGGACAUGAACACACAGCAGAAGAUUCAUGAGAGCAGCAGAUCCUGCUUUUUUCUACAUAAUUCUUAACAUUCAGACAUAACGAAGCCCUAUUUUUAUUUACCAGCUCUCUGUGGUAAUAUAAACAGGGUUGGAACAUUUACUUUUAAAUUUUAUUUUAUUUUAUUUAUUUUAUUUUAAACAUAAAAUUUCUCAAGAGCAAUUUUUAAAGGAGACACAAAUAACCCAGCUAAACUUGUACUUGUAAGGAUAUGUAUACACAGAGGAAAGCCCUACUACUAUAAGUGCAGCAGGAAGACCGUGCCAAAUUAGACAACUUCAAGUGUGUGUGGUCGCCCCCUGACAACACUCGAGUCCAUUGUUGACAUUACUAUCCGUCACAGUGUUGCAAAGUCCGCAGUUUUCCGGUGGAAUUGGGCUUCUUUUUCAUGCCCACACACUCUAAAAAACGCUGGGUUGUUUUUUCAACCCAACUGCUGGGUUGAGGCCGUUGGAUAGGACUUUGGGAUGUUUUAACCCAAGUU